AUGCCGACAGCAGCUUCUAAGAUGAAGCAGCAGAUAUUCGACCAUGAGGAUUCGAAGAGUGAUUGUGGUGCACGUUCCACUGCGCCUGAUCGUAAGUCCAGAACCGAAAUCCCAUCCGAUGAGGAACUGGGCCUUCACGAAUUACCAGGAACGUAUCGUAUCAAAUACUGCAGAUUGUGUGACAUGAGUUCUAUCAGCAAAUCUCCUUUGUUUGACGAUAGCCUCACAGAGGCGUGGGGUGAGCUAUUGCCGUGGGGCAACGGAACCCGUUAUAUCCGCAUGAAGAAUGACAACCCACGUCUCAUCCUCAGGGGCAAGGACGACUUGAAGCCUUCCCGACUGCUGGAGUUGGAACAGACACAGGACAUAGAAGACGAAAUGGAGGGUGAGUUAGAAUAUUUCAUGCGUCUGGACAAGUACAUUGAGAAGCACGGAACUCCAGCCAGGAACAAAAUCGUCACUCGUGUUUUCCGUGGACGCUCUAUGGAAGGUGUAAUGGUAAUUAAAGAGGAAGACAUUGGCAUGUACAAGUGCGCCAAGAGACAGAAGAAUGCCGUGUCCAUGAAAACACGGAUGACAGACGACAUUGAACUUCGCGAGAAUCAGGCCGAGAAUUUGUACACAAAAGCCUUCAAGACCCUGCUUGCUUCUAGUUCUGAUGCCAGUCAGGAUUUCGUUCUAUGUGGUCUCAAUGAUUCUAGUGGAUCUGGUACGCCCACUUUGGUGAUCAAGAAGGCUUUGACUGAAGCAUCGGGGGCUGAUGAAGAUUUAGCUAAACCCAAGACUACCUCCGCGAUCUCGAUCCGCGAUGAGGCCCCAGAAGAAGCAGAUCAGGAUACAACUGACCAAGAUAUGAUGUCAAAUUUGCUGCUUGCUUUCGGGGGUCAACCCGCUUCAGCAGGUGUCAAGGCAAAGGCUAAGCCAAAACCCAAGGCAAAAUCAACGGCAGCAGCAUCCGCUGGUGCGAAUGCCUCAAGCACCCCAGCCAAUCGAGGUGUGUCAGCAGUGAGCCCAGCAGCUAGCAUGGGUCCACCAUCCGCAUCAGAUCAAGCACGCCACAGACCAGUUUUGGGGGAGAUCAACAAGAACGUUGGCAACGGUGCUCCGAAACGGUCUCUGGAUGCAGACUGCAAGCCACAUAAUUGGGAACUUCCGGACCUUCCACCCACCAAGAGAGGCCGUGUGUCAGCAUCCAACCUGCAGGAUGCUGACGAUAGGUUCGUUGAAGAAAUGGAGAAAUUGAUUACCACCAUUUGUGAGGCUGGAUUACCAGAGAAAUCUGAUGGAGACCUUGUUCAGUAUGUCAAGGAUGCAAGUUCGAAGGCGAGGGAGAUCAUCGCAAAAUGCACCACCAAAAUUACGCAGAUGAAACGCCGUAAGCAUUCAGACGAUGAUAGGCAGAUGGAUCGCCUCAAGGAAGUCAACAAUGCUGCGAAUCUUUUCAGCCGGCUUUGUACUGAACUUGGAAGUGCCGCCCCGAAGGCUGGUGAACUGUCACAUGUUAUCACUCAGCUUGGUGCACCACCUCUCAAUUUCAGAUGUGGCCGCAUUGCAAUGGUCAAACUACUGAAAGCAUGCGUCAUGGACGACCUCAAGUACAACCGCUACGAGGAUAUCGCGCAAUCUGCCCUGGACAUGUCAAACAAGAUGUCUUCUACAGAUGAUGAAUUCUUUCAGGAACAGCUCGUCUUGAUCGUGGAGCAGGUUGUGCAGAAGCUUGUUCGUACCAUGCCAAGUUCACAGGUGAAAUUGCAGAACCCGGGUGUUCAAAAUACCCGUCAGUUCAUGGAGGCGUUGUUGGCAAAGGAUGGCUUGGAUCUGCCGUCCCAGUUGCGAUCACAGUUGUCUUCACUGGCUACUUUGUUCACGGUUGACGACAAGACCAUUUUACCCAAUGAGAUCUUAGAUCUUGUGAAGGCAGUCCGUGAUCCUGACGCAAAUGCUCGCGUGUUUCUUGUCAUGACCAGUCUUCCCCAAGGCAAUGCCUUGCUGAAUGAGGCCGAGACCACGGCGCAAAAACGAAUGGCUUCAGAAUCCAACCUACUUGACCUUGGCGAUGUCACCAGCAAAAUUGGGGAGGAGGAGCAGAAGAUGAAAAACACUAGCGCGAUGAACAUGGAUCAAGGUGUUGACACUGUUGUGGAACUAUGGGAUCGCCUCACCAAACUGGACACCGAUUUGAAAGACAAGCCUGAAAGCAAGAAUGUCGCUGAUCUUAAGUGUAGACUCAUGGAAGUCGCUCGAUUCUAUGUCACUUGCCAUGUGGAGUCUGAACUGGGGAAUUACAUUGCCAGCCAGUCAGUGCAUGGACACAACAAGAUGAAGUGCCUAGAUGUGCCGCACUGGAAAGUUCUCGCGUUACGCCGUCUCCUUCCGGACGAGAAUGUGUUCAGGCACCACGAGACGAUUCAACGGUGCUGUGCCGCAGUGGAUGCAUUGAACGGUCAUGGCAAAACAGGAGAUGGAGAAGUUUCUUUGCAACGAUCGCAGGAAUUGAUGGCUCAAUGGAACGAGUGCCACACGGAACUCACCAAGCAGCAUGCAGACAUGACACAGCUAGCAAAAUCAUUGGUUCAAUUCCGUGAGUAUUUCUUCGGAGUCAUGCAGCAGGGAUUUCACGACAAGGAGAAGUCAUUGGCCAAGGCUAUGGUGGACUCCAUUCACAAGUGCAUUGAUACGGCAGACGACCUGAAAUUGUUCACUUGCUGGGAUGAGCUACGUUCCCAGUUGGACGACUACAUGAGGCUUUCAACCGCAGAUGUUUUCGAUCAACAUGACAAGGAUCGCAUGAAUGCGACUGCAUCUGCCAUCGAUGCAUUCUGGAACAUCGCGUGCGUGAAGUACAUGAUCGCCCUCAAGGUGGGUAUCAAGCUGUCCCUUAAACCGACUGGUGAAAACUUGGAGGGUCUGAAAGCCUUAGCUCUGAUGCAGAAAUUCUUUGCGCACGCAGACUUUGCUCCAGAACACAUUUGCAAGAUGCUAGCCACAUUGGGUGUUGUCAGGGAUGUGACAGCAAUCCUGACUGCCGCCAAAAGCUCCUGUGACAAGUGGGUUCUAGACAUGCAGGCAAAGGUGAAUUCUCAAGUAGCCACGCUUCAGGAUGCAGUUGUUAGCUUGAAGCUUCCAGUUUAUGAAGGAGAUGAUAUCGACGAUGACAGGAAGUUUGUGGAAAUCGGGCGUUCUUUGCUAGAACCAGGAGCAGCAGCGGUGGCAAAGCUUAAGAAUUUCCUUCAAGCAGCUCGGACUUCAAUGGGCCUGGCCAAUAUUGACAUUGACCUCGCAAGUGCAAACUCAACCUUAUCGGAUGGGCAGCUGUUCGUCUACACCUUCACACUGGUUACUCUACUUAUCAGCCCCACAUGGAGGAGUGUCACCGCGGAAUCAGCCAAGAAAGCGGACAGCCCGUUUGCAGGGAUUGUGACGAACUUGCAGUCGAUCCUCAAGAAGGCCAGUGAUGAUGGGAUCGUUUUCACUGGUGAAUUGCAAUCCCGGGCAUCUGAGAGACUUGCUCAGGCAGGGGUGAGCGUAUAG